AUGAUUUUUCUAGUCUUGGGUUCCGUCCUCUUUGCCAAGGAUUCGCCAUUAAGGCCACAUGCCGACCGAUACAACCGAUUCUUCCUGUCAUUCUUGACUCUUUGCGGCACGUUCCCAGUCUACAAGCUGCUGUUUGAACACAUUCCCGUCGGUUUUCGAGGUGUUGCAGUUGUCAUUUUGCCGAUAUGGAAGUUCGCAGCCAAGCGCUUCACUGUGAGCAGUACACGCAACCUGGAAGACGUCAUGCCGCUGCUAGUGGCCUUGUCUGUGGAUUUCAUGAGUACGUUGUUCAUAUCGGCGUGCAUGUCGGCGACAAGAUCCGUGUCCUUAACGCUGCUCUUUAUCGCGGUGAACAUCCUCCAGUCGCUAGUCGAAUUCCGAGCCAUGAGAGCUAAUGGGAAAGCACUCUUGAAGCUACUGGACGAGCGACGAAACUCUCAAACACUUAUCCGAAAGAAACCCGGCACGUCGGACGCUACCAAUUUAUUGAUGAUUAUCCUCGACGCUGUACAGAACUCUACUUCGCUUCCCUCAAAAUCCCUGGAGAGAGUUCGACUGUGGGCGUGCUUAGCGUAUCCGCUCUCGACAGACAAACUGGAACACCUUCAUGCGCUUGCUGCUUUCAAUGUAUUUAGUAGCAACUAUGAUCCAACUAUAAGAAUGAAGAGCCAAGAGCAUCACGAAUACCGACGCAUACGAAGUGCGUCAAUUACUCCAUUGAUCGGAGUCGCGGGUGAUUACACAACGACAGACUCGCAAUCAGACGCAGAUAAUAGACAAUCUGCAAUGCGACACAACGAGAGGUCGAAGAAAAUCGUGCUUCAAGGUGUGAAGCUCCUGUUCCAUUCCGAGUAUGUGGCUCUAGUCCAGUACGUCGAGUCGAUAACCCCCAUUGUGUUCUUCAUCUACAAGUCCGUAUUGGAGCUGCUGCCGAACGUCGUGUACUACCCUGGUGGAGCUGGCACUUGGGGCAUGGUAUCGAUUGCGAAUAUUUUGCUAUUUGCGGUACUGGAAGUUGGGCUUUUGAUUUCGUUCAACACGUUCCUGCGGCACAAGUUCGCGUUCUCUCCAUUGUACCAACUGGCGUUUGUGCUGGAAACGGAGUUUUAUCCAGUUCAAGCAAUCCUGUUUGCUUUGAUUCUCAAUGUUUUGCAAUACGAGCUGGCACAUCUCGGUCGGUAUCCUACCAUGACAGACAACUUGAGGAUUUUCCUGCUCGAGUGUUUAACAUUUGUUUUUGUUCUGUAG